CAGCAACAGAAGAAUCUGGAGGGAUAUGUAGGCUUUGCUAGCCUGCCAAACCAAGUGUACAGGAAGUCUGUCAAGCGAGGCUUCGAGUUCACUCUCAUGGUUGUGGGUGAAUCUGGUUUGGGCAAGUCAACAUUGAUCAACUCGCUGUUCCUCACAGACCUCUACUCCGCAGAGUACCCUGGUCCUUCAAACCGAGUCAAGAAGACCGUGCAGGUAGAGCAGUCUAAAGUGUUACUCAAAGAGGGUGGAGUCCAGCUUCUCCUCACGAUAGUGGACACCCCGGGCUUCGGCGAUGCAGUGGACAACAGCAAUUGCUGGCAGCCGGUGAUCGAUCACAUCGACAGCAAGUUCGAGGAUUACCUGAACGCCGAGUCGCGCGUCAACAGGCGGCAGAUGCCCGACAGCAGGGUGCACUGCUGCCUCUACUUCAUCGCUCCCUCGGGCCACGGGCUGAAGCCACUGGACAUCGAGUUCAUGAAACGGUUGCACGAGAAGGUGAACAUCAUCCCGCUGAUUGCCAAAGCAGAUACACUCACCCCCGAGGAGUGCCAACAGUUCAAGAAGCAGAUCAUGCGAGAAAUCCAGGAGCACAAAAUCAAGAUCUACGAGUUCCCAGAGACGGAUGAUGAGGAGGAGAUGAAGCUGGUGAGGAAGAUCAAAGACCGUCUGCCCCUGGCUGUCGUGGGAAGCAACACCAUCAUUGAGGUGAAUAGCAAGAGGAUCCGGGGGAGGCAGUACCCGUGGGGCGUGGCAGAGGUUGAAAAUGGGGAGCACUGUGAUUUCACAAUCCUCAGGAACAUGCUGAUCAGAACCCAUAUGCAGGAUCUGAAGGACGUCACAAACAACGUUCACUAUGAGAACUACAGAAGCAGGAAGCUGGCAGCGGUCACUUACAACGGUGUAGAGAACAACAAGAGCAAAGGCCAGCUCACCAAACUUGACACAGUUGAAGGCAUGAGUCCCCUGGCCCAGAUGGAGGAGGAGCGCAGGGAGCAUGUGGCCAAGAUGAAGAAGAUGGAGAUGGAGAUGGAGCAGGUGUUUGAGAUGAAGGUCAAGGAGAAGGUGCAGAAGCUCAAGGACUCCGAGGCAGAGCUGCAGCGGCGUCACGAGCAGAUGAAGAAGAACCUGGAGGCUCAGCACAAGGAGCUGGAGGAGAAGCGGCGCCAGUUCGAGGAGGACCGCGCCAACUGGGAGUCCCAGCAGCGCCUCCUGGAGCAGCAGAAGCUGGACGCGUCCAGAACUCUGGAGAAGAACAAGAAGAAAGGGAAGAUCUUUUAGAACCGUUCAGAUGGGAGCUUAAGUUGUACGUGCUAGCGACCCACAGCCUGGGCCAAUGGCAAGGUGUUGGCCUCGGGCCAAUGCAAAUGCACACACACAUACAGACCUUUACACAGGCACACACACACACACACACACACACACACACACACAUACACACACGUACACUCAGCUUGGCGAGGUCUGUGAGGACUGUGCUGUGUGAUGAGCUAAAGAGGGCUGAAUAGGGAUCCUCUCCGGCCAGGGGAGUAUCAACCUAAUCCCAACUCAUUAGGCAGGCCAAACCUAUAUAUAUAUAUUAUAUAUACUGAAUUCUGUACUCAGAAAAGAAAGGUUUAUUUUUUCUGUCUUUGUCCCCCCUCCCCCCUUCCCAAUUUAACAGCCAACAUCAAACACUUCAAACGCGAGACAUCUCUAACUGUUGCACAAUCAUAUUCCUCGCCCAUUAUUUGUUUACCCGUUAUCAAACGAAAAGAGAAGGACAAAACAAAAACUUAUCCUUCAUGGUGUUGUUUUUUUGGUCUUUUUUUUUUUUCAUUUUUAUUUUUUGAGGAAAAUGCCAUUUAACUCUCUUUUUUUUCUCAUGUUGUGAGUAUGUAUUGCUUAAACCUUGUUCUCUAAUGGUGUACCAUGACGCAUAGCCAAAAGAAAGUGCAACCUGUCAUCUGUCACUCUUAAAUCUUAAGAGAGAAGCCACAAAGCUGCCUUCUUCUCACAGCUCUGUUUUUUUUAACUCUCCCAAAUGUUUCCAGACUUAAAAUGCUCUCUCUGUCUAGCCACUAGCCUUGGACCACCAUUUAUAACGUAAUUGUUAUAUUUCAUUUAGUUUAUUUUUAUAUAAAUAUAUAUACCGAGCCAGCUUAAGUAAUAUUUUUUUGUAUGUUGAGGAAGGCUUCUUGGAGAGGCUUGUGAAUUGGAUUGACAGGUUCAAAUGAAUUCAUAAGGCAGAUUAUGCCAAUUUAAAGAAUAAAACAUGAACAUUGUCAUAAGCAUUUGCAAGGCUCGUCUGUAACUUCUACACAAGUUACACUCACUGCAAAUGCAUGUCUGCAGCGUAUUUUUUGUUUUGUUUUGGUCAUGUACUCCACUUGUAUUUUUAAGUUUAUUUUUCAUUUGUAUUGUACAGUCACUUAAUAAACUUGUGAUGAUACAGGU